AUGCUUUUCCAGACUGUCGCUUCCAUCGCCCUUUUGGCCACCGGUGCCGUCGCCGUCGAGGCCCGACAGCCAUACCGCCUGGCUGUCAUGGCACUCCCCGGACAGAGCCUGAUGCGUCGCGACACCAGCGGCUACAAGCCCGACCAGAAGCAGUGCAAAGCCGGAAACACUUGCGCCGAGUCUUGCGGUGCCGAUUACCAACAGUGCGCCGGUGGAAAUCCCGAUGUUGCCCACUGCUUCAACCCCAAGGCGGGGGAGUCUUGUUGCACCGACGACUCUGGCAACUCUUGCCAGGAUGGCUAUUACUGCACUCAUGAUACCAAGGCCCAGACCUGGUGCUGCCCCAAGGACAUGGACUUGACCGCUUGCGCCGCUGCGUACACCAUCUCUGGCCUCGUCGCUGCUACCUCCAAGCCUCCUCCGUCUACUACCUCGCAAGCGCCUACUACCACUUCUAUCCCCCCGACUACCACGAGCAGCAGCAUCGCGAGCAGCACCACGAGCAGCACUCCCGUCAUCACUACUAGUGAGAACACGAACACCACCACCUCCAUCUCCACCGCCAGCAUCGGCAAGUCCACCGCCUGGACUGCUGUCAACAGCACCAUCAGCACCCACGUUCCUACCCAACCUUCCGCGGGCAUUCCCUCCGUCACUGGCGCCCCUCCUCCUGCUCCAACCAACGUCAAUGCCGCCACCGCUUCUGGUGUCAGCGCUUUGCUGCUCGUCGCUGCUGGUCUCUUGGCCCUUCUGUAA